UGCUGGUAGUACUGGAGGUAUUAUCUGAAGGAUAAAGAGAUAGAGAAGUCAUACAAAUAGGAAGAAGAGAAAUCCAAACUGUGGCAGUACCUGAGCCUCUGAGCCUUUUCUAGGACAUUCAAAGUAUCGGUACCCUCAGUGCUAAGUCGUCAUCUUGAUAUACAAUACCCUUUGUCGCUUUGAGAAUUCCUGUGAUACAGAGAAUACAGCAUGGCACACAAUAUUCUCAUAACAGGCGGAUCGGGCUACCUUGGCGGGACUCUCCUCGCGCGAUGGAAAGAAGCCAAUCUACCACCCCACGGCAAGGUAUUCGCCCUCGUCCGCUCACAGCAUCAGGAAGAAGCAGUCAAACAAUACAAUGCUGAGCCUAUCAGCAUCAAUUUUGACGACGCCGGAGCACUCGAGACGGCCAUCAUUGACAAUGAUAUUUCCAUUGUGUUUCACCUGUUCAAUCCUACCGACACGGAGUACAGCGUCGCAUUCAUCAAGGCGCUAUCAGAGGUGAAGAAGCGUACUGGGAAGGAAGUGCACUUCGUGUUCACCACAGGGGCGAAGAUUUUCUCCAACCAUGUCGCGGCGCCGACGGAUAAGCCUUUGUUGGACACAGAUCCAGCUUUGUUCGAGAUACAGAAGAAUAUGGAGAACAAGGGGCCGCACCCUCGUUUCAACCAAGCGGUCAAAGCAAACAACAUCGUGAUCGAAACGGCAGAGCAAUACGGCGUUAGAAGCUACAUCUUUGCGCCCUGUAUUGUCUAUGGCAAAGGCGAGGGAUUCGGCAAUCCUAUAUCAAUCCAGACAGUCGCCAUUGUGCAGGCGGCCAAGGCGCUCAGACAGGUUUAUAAAGUCGAUGCUGGUCGUCCGACAUGGCCUGUUUGCCACGUACUUGACAAUACUGGCCUGUAUCUCCAGAUUCUUAGAAAGAUCCUCUCUGGUGAGGAGAUCGGCCAUGGCAGGAGCGGAUAUUACCUUGCUUCUCCGGGCAGCAUUGCUUGGGAUGAUCUUUACUUGGCCAUAGCGAAGGCAAUGAAGCAGCGAAACGCAGUUGACGACAUAAGCGUGAAGGAGGCCGAUGAUGAUAUUCUAGGGAAGAUGGGUGACGCGCUGAAGUGUCCCAAGGACUUCGUGGCGGUUCAGGUUGGUGGCUUGUGUACAUUCACGGCGGAGAAUGGCAAGAGGAUCGGAUGGAAGCCGAGAUACGAACCUCAACAUAUCCUCGAGACAGCGGAUGAAGAGGUAGAGCUGAUCUUGAAGCACUUGAAGGAUUAGUGGGGCUUUUUGGACUCAUACAGACCUUUUAUUGAACAAUAGCGGUUGUCUGCAAAGAUCCGCACGUGCAGCU